UGUUUAGUUGUGUCGGUACGAGGCACUCGUAGUUAAAAGGCUGGGGCGUAGUAACCUACAAGGUCCUCCCUGACGCGUGUGUGCGCCGAUAGCAUCCUUUACUGCCUGAUGUUUACCAUGUUGUCGGUCGUAUACGGCGCAUCCCACUCCCUUCUGUUGAUAUAUUGUACUGUGUGCUCUUAUAACGCUAUUAACAUAGCAUAAAUACUCGGCGCACAACACCCUCUCCAUAUUGGCCAUGCUUUUCUUUUUCUUCAUUGUGCUCUGCAGAAGAAGGCCCGUGACGAAGGUCUCAUGUGUGCAGUUUGCGACGUGUAUUCAGAUCGAGGCUGCAAGUCUGUGAUGGCAGUGUGUUAGAAAAGCACCGUCUAAUCUGGCUCAUUAGCGUGAUGGCUGUUUGUUAUUUUACACAAGCUCAGCCUGUGAGUAUGUGUGUGUGCGCGCGUGUGUUUUCCGGACAGUGUCAGGAUUAACAUGCUGGACAUUAUGAGCUAUUUUGGCAAUUUGACGUGAUGUUUUGUUUGUUUUAAAUGCGCGGUUCUUUACGGAGGGAGAGUCGUGCGGUGUUGAGCUGUGGCUGCAUUUUGUGGGUGGCCAUUAGCGGAUCCUGGUGCUGAUGCUGCAGCGCGCGCGAGUGUUGCUAGGCAGCCAUGCAGCGCGCGGGCCGCUAGCGGGUAGAGGAGCGGAGGAGGAUUAAAAUAAAAAGAGCAAUAAAACGAGGUUGUUCAUUCACGUUGAAAUGUGGAGCUGUAGAUACGUAAUAGGUUGCCUUGCACUCACGUGGCUAUCUGAUCGAUAAACAUGUCCUCUUCCUCCCCCAUGUCCUCCUCUUCCUCCCCCAUGUGGCUCAGUGUUGUUGGGAGUGUAGAUUGUAAUCUCCCUCAGCACAAUGGCAGUGGAUGGAUUCAUCUGAGCCACAGAAGUAUAGAAGUUGAUGUUGGUGGAAUUAAGUUUCUAUUAUUUAUCCUGAAUCUAAAUAAUGUCACGUAUGUUGAAUUACUGAAUAGUCUUACAUGAAUAAAUAUAAACUAUUCAUACAAAAAAAAAGUCUUGAUAUAGAAACUGUGACUAUACAUUAUACAAAAAUGAAAGGAUGUUUGCUGUUUUAAAACACCUUAAUAUCAAGUUUGUAGUUAUUGAAAUUCAAACAUGAGCUGAAAGGAAUUAAACAAUCAGCAAUGAUUAAGGGAUAUGCACCUCUCUGGCCAAAAGCUGUUUUUCCAUUUGCUCCUUAAGUGUUUUGUAUAUUUUGCUAUUGUAUAUUUACAUUUUAAGUGGAAGCCAAAUGUCUCAUUAGAGACUAGAAUCUCCUGCACCGAGUCAGCAAAAUACCUCUACACCAUUCAUGCAUUUUCAUCUUGUGCAUGCAGCACUUAGAAAACACUGCUUGAUGUUUAGAAUUAAUUUAUUUUGGGGUUGAAUACAACAAAGGUUCCCUUGUGAGUUAAUAAAAAUGCCAUAAUAAUUUAGUUUAGUAGGCUUAUCUUGGUGUGUUGUUAGGCAGGAAUAUUAGUUUGGAAGUCCUUUUUAAUUGACAUUGUGUUAAAUAAAAAUGCAGUUGAGUUUCAAUUAUAUGUAGGUGUAAUCAAUACAGACUCAUUCAUUCUCCAACAUGCUACUACAUGACUCUAAAGAAGUGUAACAUUGGAACGUGUUGUCUACCAUAACAUUAACGGCAAAUAUGAUGAGUUGCAGCGAUUUUAGAAAGUAAAACCAUGAUCACAACACUUUUAACGUAUUUGUUAUAGAAACUGGUUUGUUGGAAAGUCGCCACUUAAUGGUUGGGAUCCACUGACGGUCAUCAUGAUUUAAUCCCAAUGAAAGUGAAGCCAAAGAAAAUCAAUCCACAGCUAUUUAGGUAAUUUAUACCCGUCUACCUCUCUGCUGAUGGAUGUCAGUGCUCUGACAUCAGUCGAUACCGGCAUGUGUAUGUGAAUAUAAUCGACAUCAAACUUAAUGCAUGGGUGGUUUCUUUCACCUCUUUUUAAGGUACAGAUUAGGCCGGAGACCUCAGAGUAUCUCGCAGCAGAGCAUUACAUCUAUUUAUCGUGUGUUCUGGUGAAGGAAAACACAGCGAAUAGUAUUUGUUAAAUAUUUAUUUGUUAAACUGAACAUAACAGAAAUUCUUCUUUUGCUGUUUGAUAAGAACGCGGCUGUAGAAGAGGAGAGACGGGCAGCUUUCCUUCUUCCUGGGAUUUAAUGAAACAAGUGUGAGGUGAUGAUGCGGCAUGAUCAGCCAUCACAGCGCGACUAAAGAUGAGAGGAAGAGGGAGUGAUGUUGGGCCAACAGCCAGAUCUAUAGCUGAACAAUUAUUUUAAAAUGUUAUCAAAAUGUUACCACAAUUUUCAAAUCACAGGAGGCGUAAUAUUGUGUGUCAGAAUAUCAUUUAAAAUGUAAUAUUGUCAUGCCUACAAAUCAUAUUCUACAGACUUAACAAAACAUCUGUUUGUACAUAUGCCGGGAAAACGUUUUUCAAUAAAAAUGAUUUUAAAAUGGUCAUUCCCUCUAAUAUUGCAAUAUUGGUCAAAGUAAUUCGUUUUGUUUUCCAACGUUUUUUUCAGCCCCAGCCAGAUCUCUAAGUCUCCCCUUAGUCAUUAGGAGCGUCCCUUGAGAGAGAGAGAGGCUUUAUGUCUGCUGCCUGCCAGCAGCUGGGCCCCUCUACCCCCAGAGAGAGAGUCAGAAACACUCUGAACCAACCUCUAUUGUGAGACUGUUAGGCAGUAAGCUGCCUCACAUUUAGGCUUUUAUAGAAUGACUGCUGCUUAUUAUUUUAAGAUCAGCGACUUUGUUUAAGACGUCUUCCUGGAUGCAUUCGACUGAAGAUAUAAAUAUCCGUAUGUGAUGUGCAUAAAAUCUAAAAACUGACCAUCAAAUCACAAUGAACACACCCUUUAUUUGAAAGGCAAAUACCUUGUAUUAGUAAGUUGAACAGAGCAGCUCCUUCAUUAUCAAAACAAGACAACAUAAUGCUCGUAUGUCAGUGUAUGAUUCUGGAGUUUAGUUAAUCCUUUAGUGAAGGGAUGAUGUGGCGUUUCAAUGCUUUUCAGUGCAGGCAGCCUGGUGUUGUCGUCAGGUUAAAAGUUCAUCCAGAAACUCCAUUAAAGGUUUAGUCAUCUGUCAGAAUUUCUCGUGUGCAAAAAAAAACGAGAUUUAGAAAAAGCACAUGGAUCUGAUGUAAGUUGCUUUUGUGCUGUUCGAGCGAGUGAGCAUCUUAAAAGCUUGAGACAUCAGGGAUGAACGACGCACGUGAUUACGGAUACACAAAUAGUUAUGUUUCAGUUAUUCAACUUAUCAAGUAACAAACGAAUCAUGUCAGUCCGUGAGAUGUAGCACAGGAGAGAGGGUGUGGUGUGUCUGGGACCUUAUCUGCUCCCUGCAGCACUGUGUGUGUGAGUGUUUGUGUGUAAGUGUGUGUGUAUCGGGGAGUGGCUGGCCAGCUCUUCUCUGAAGAUCCUUACAGUAACUCUUUACUCUCUCCAGUUACGGAGCCCUAUCACUAGCUAACUUCCUGUUCGUGGUUCUGUCGCUGCUGCAUGUGAGCUCUGCUAAUGCUGCAUUUUUCUAUAGCUCUGCACUUCCACUGGCCAGUGCCCUGAGGAAUACAGCAUCCUUAAUGUGAGGUCAUCCCCACCCACUCCUGGCUGUAAGACACCCACUGCGAUACGUAGAAGAUGAGCAAGUCCCCCACCCCCAAAGGCACCCCGGUGCAGCGCAGCCCCAGUGAUGGGGUCCCUGAGGGCCUCCUGUCUCCUCAGCAUUCCACACCCAGCUCCGGACCCCAGCAUAAGAAACACAUCUCCAGCCUUCUUCAGAGUCCGUCAUUCAGGGAGGAGCUGGAUGUGCUGAUCCAGGAACAGAUGAAGAAGGGUGGCAGCUCAUCCAACCUAUGGGCGCUGAGACAGCUGGCUGAUUUCAUGGCCUCACAUGGCUCCCCAGCCGCCCUGCCCGUCUCCCCUUCUAACAUGAUGAUGGUGACACCCAUCAAUGACCUGCAGAGCUGGGAUCCUGGCAGCAUGGUGAAGGGGGAGAGGUUGAUGCGCUGCAAGCUGGCUAGUGUCCAUCGCCUGUUUGACCUGUAUGGCUGGGCCCAGAUCAGCCGCACCUGUCUCACUCUGCGUGUUAGUAAAGAACAGGAACACUUCUUGGUGCUUCCAGACGGCCUGGCCUACAGUGAGGUGACUGGAUCCAGUCUGGUAAAGGUGAAUGUCCUGGGUGAGAUGGUGGAGAGGGGCAGCACCAACCUGGGCGUGGACCCUGAGAAGUUCAGCCUGCACUCCGCCAUCUACUCGGCCCGGCCAGAUAUUCGUUGUCUGCUUCACCUCCACACGCCGGCCACGGCUGCGGUUUCAGCAAUGAAGUGCGGCCUCCUGCCGCUGUCCCAUGAGGCUCUGCUGGUCGGUGAUGUGGCUUAUUACAACUACAACGGAGCCAUGGAGGAGGAGGAGGACAGAGUGGAGCUGCAGAAGAGCCUGGGGCCGACCUGUAAGGUUCUGGUACUGAGGAAUCACGGCAUCGUGGCUCUGGGGGAGUCUGUGGAGGAGGCUUUCUACUCCGUCUACCACAUCCAGGCUGCCUGCGAGAUCCAGGUGUCAGCUUUGUGCUGUGCCGGUGGUGAACAUAACCUGAUUCUGCUGGACCGGACCACCCAUAAACCCAACGUAGCCGGUACCGUGGGCUGGGCUGGCUCCACCUUUGGACCCCUGCAUAAGAGCCGCAUCGGGGAGCAUGAGUUUGAGGCCCUCAUGAGAACUCUGGAUAACUUGGGCUACCGUACAGGCUACGCCUACCGCUUCCCUGUGCUGCUGGAGCGGUCGCGGACACGGAGGGAGGUGGAGGUGCCCGCGACCGCCACGGCUUUCCACCAGAUUGAUGACGACGGAGUCCACCCGGCUCUGAGGCAGCACCCUUUUGCUCAGCGCCAGCAGCAGGAGAGGACUCGAUGGCUCAACACCCCCAACUCCUACCAAAAAGUCAGCCAGGAGCAAGCUAGCCCGGGAUACCAGCGCAGCACUUGGUUGAAGUCAGAAGAGGUGACUCAAGCCGGCAGCACAGCCAUCAAGAUGGAGAACCAAAACCAGUUUGUGCCUCUUUUCACCAACCCUCGAGAGGUGAUUGAGACACGAAACAAGAUCCGACAGCAGAAUCGUCAGGACAUGAAGACAGCAGGACCACAGUCUCAAGUCCUCGCCGGCGUUAUAACAGUUGACAGCCCUCCGUCUCCAGUCAGCUCACCUAAUGUCCCACCAGAGCCAGAACCUCCCAACCCCUUCAACCAGCUGACAGACCAGGAGCUGGAGGAGUACCGCAAGGAGGUGCAGAAGAAACAGGAUGGAGGGACCAACGGGGAGGAGGUAGCAAAUGACAAGGAGUCUCCCCCCACUACCUCCCCCACAAAGGGCCCUCCGCCCAGCCCCCCUCCUACCUCAGAAGAGGCAAAGACCGACUCUCCAGCCAUACAGAAUGGAAGCGAAGAGGAGAAGCAGAUGACAGAGGAACUCGAGAAAGGGAUGAAGGCUCUUUCAACCAACGACACCUCCUCCCCACCCGCCGCUCCGACCCCAAAGCUACAAAGCGGCACCCCGGAGGGCUCACCUUCCAAGUCCCCAACCAAGAAGAAGAAGAAGUUCAAGCCGCCGUCGUUCCUGAAAAAGAGCAAGAAGCAGAAGGAGAAAGCUGAGACCUGAGGCGUUCAGACACACCUGACCUUGGUGAAAUACUACUGUGAAACAUUUCUUAGUGUAUGACGGAGUAGCAGAUGAUUUAUCCACAUCAGAUGUAUUCAAACACAGUCGGUUAAGAUGUCAUUCACAGACACUAAAGGUGUACUAAAUUGACUUACAAAUACUUUACUGUAACACUGGUACUCACUGAUUUGAUCCAAGUGGUGAUUCAUCUUAGAAAACACUGACAAUUAAUUUCACAAACUAUUUGACCCAGGUCGGAUACAAACCAACAUUUUAACGCUUCUUGUCUCUCUCACACACACACGCACACACACACACACACACACACACCCACACACACACACACACACACACACACACACACACACACUCACACAAAGUCUUGCAACUUAUUUUCACCUGCUGUGCUAUCAAACCAUUACUUAACUUCACUGUAUAGCCAUUCAAACAUGUUCCUCUCUGCAACUGGGAUUACGAGUGUGAUCUUGUGCACUUGCCUCUCAUAAUUUAUUUUUUUCCUUUUUUUAUUUUAUCCACAACUUUGCAAGACAUGGUGGAAAUUGAAGCCCCCUUGAAGUAUGCACCCCUUAUCCACGUAUAGGCACUUGACAUGUGUAUAUUGACAUUCUAAUAUGUUGCUUUUGUUCAUCACCACAGGCAUCUUCUAGUCAUGAUUUGGUUCUCAUUAUCAGAUCGAUGUUGCAGGUUUGCUAUGUGAGCACAGGUGCAGUACGUGUAGAAAUAUACUGAUAAAUACUUAUUGUGCUCUUCUGAAUGAUGGUUCUGUGUAAAACUAUCAGCCUAUUGACGUUAUUACAGCAGGGAAGUACAAGGGAAGAGAACGCAGGGAAAAUGUGCUGGCUCGCAACAAAACACAAGUCGCUAUCAAUGCCUCUAUUACCCAAAACAAUUUGUUGCUUGCCAAUGCAGUGUGAAACUCAGUAAUAGAAGAUACUAAUGGUACUAAACAUUCCGAUUUUCUCAUUUUCUUUUAAAUGUAUGUGUGCAAAAUGCCCUCUUAACAGUUGUAAUUACUUUCCGUUUUAACCAGUAGCUGUUAUCAAAAUGCUGAUGUGUGAUGUUUGCUCAUGGUUUUAAUUUAUUUUAUAUUAGAAUGUAUAAGUGAGUGUUGCAAGGUUACCAUGUAUCAGUCAUUAAAGAUCAAGUUUGAUUUAAAA